GUCCCUAUAAACGGUCAUGUUGACCUGAAGACCAGUCUGACCCCUCCUCUGAUCACCCACACUGUUGCCACCCCCAUGCCCGUUCCCAAGCUGCCUGCCGUGGGUGACCCUGCUAUGGGCUACGAGUCCCGACGAGGCAGUAACAUCUCCAUGGACCUAGCCUGCUAUGACAAGUCUCCGGUUAGUGUAUUCUGCUAGUACACUAGUACAUCAUCAAUCAACUGGAUCCUCCCAGGAAGCCAUGAAUUAGGCUCUGUGCCUCCUCUCUGAACAACUAAGAGUGGAGAUAUUCAGUCUAACCUGUCUGGAUGAUGUUCAAGUUACAUUUAUGAUGAUUCAUGAUGAUUAAUAUGACCUGUCAUCAUCUUAACUCUCUGAGUACUUACUGAUGUCAGUUAUACCGAUGUCAGUUAUGACCGAUGUCAGUUAUGACCGAUGCCAGUUAUGACCGAUGCCAGUUCUGACUGAUGCCAGUUAUGACUGUUGCCAGUUAUGACUGAUGCCAGUUAUGACUGAUGCCAGUUAUGACUGAUGCCAGUUUUGACUGAUGCAAGCUACAAUGAUAACAGCUAUAGUAAUGACCACUUAGCAUGAUUUAAUUAUAUUUAUUUUUCAUUUUUUAUUUUACCUUUAUUUAACUAGGCAAGUCAAUUAAGAACAAAAUCUUAUUUACAAUGACGGCUUACCAAGAGGCAAAAGGCCUCCUGCGGGGACGGGAGCUGGGAUAAAAAGUUAAGAAUGUAGGACAAAACACACAUCAUGACAAGAGAGAUACCACAACACUACUAAAGAGAGACCUAAGACAGCAACACAACAUGGCAUUGAGGAGAAUCUGAUGAAUAAGACGACCUGUAAUGAAAUGUAAUGUACUGUAGUUUUUUAUUUAGUUACUAAAGAUCUCUAAGGGUUAAAAUAGUUCCCCAAGGGUUACAAAAGUUCCCCAAAUGUUACAAUCCUUCCCUAAAAAGGGAAGCUUUUUUUUGUUGUUCAUACCUUCUCUCUUUCUCUCCACCCUCCAUCUUUUUCUCUCCAGACCAGUGCCCGUAGUAUCUCCCCUUACGCCCCGUGGAGCUCUGCCAGUGGCUGGACCAGCCGUAGAUCAAGCUGGAACAGCGUAGGCCGUGCCCCCUCGCUCAAACGAACAAAGCGUCAGUCUGGCGAACGGCGGUCGCUCCUCUCCGGAGAGGGUGGGUCCAGUUCGGAGGAUGAGGAGGGGGUAGGAGGGGGGACUUCGGAGGGAGAUGAUGAGUCCCUGUGUCGUACCGACUCCAUGUCCCAGUCCCAACACCGACACAGGAGGAUGGAGUCUGUGGAGACCAGGGGGUCCAUAGACCUGGCCCCCGACACAAUGCUACAGGUGAACACACACACACAUACACAAACACAUACACAAACACACACACACACACACACACACACACCAGGGGAUCUAUAGACCUGUCCCCCUAAACACUGACCUAAUUGUAUUGAUAGUCCAUUUUAUGCAGCUAUCACUGGAUAGAACAGCUUUCUUCAGUGUUUUAAAAUGCCUUCAAGUACCUAUACAUGACUGUGUUAACCAUGGUUGUAAAACUCUAGGUGCCCUUCCUGUAUCGCUCAACCAGUAUGCACAGCUCCAGACCCCCCUCGCUAGGAGGCCUGAGAGCCCCAGAACACAGUGACUGUAAUGGGAAAGGAACUCUGGCCCCUGGGGGGGCCCCGACACAGCUCUCCCUGGAGGACAACACAGAGGACGACGCGGCAGAGGAGGAGGUCAUGGGUCGUUUCGCCAGGCUGUUACGCUGGCUGGAGCGGAAACAGCCAGAGUGGUGUCGAAAGAGAGAUACCUGGUCCCUGUACAUGUUACCCCCAGACUCCAGGUGA